AUGGCAGAGCCUCCUGUGUCAUGUGACUGUUUUGUUUCCUUGCCCCCUGGCUCUCGUGAGGACCAUGUGAUUUUCGGGAAGAACUCAGACCGUCCUCGGGACGAGGUGCAGGAGGUGGUCCACUACCCUGCAGCCUCUCACCCUCCAGGCUCCACGCUGGAGUGCACGUACAUCCAAAUCCCUCAGGUGGAGCAGACCAAUGCUGUCAUCCUCAGCAAACCUGCCUGGAUGUGGGGGGCUGAAAUGGGGGCCAAUGACAAAGGGGUCUGUAUUGGGAACGAGGCAGUCUGGACCCGAGAGCCCGUCGCACCAGGAGAGGCUCUGCUGGGCAUGGACCUUGUCCGACUGGGGCUGGAGCGUGGUGACAGUGCCUGGGCAGCGCUGAUGGUGAUCACCAGCCUCUUGGAACAGCAUGGGCAGGGGGGGCAGUGCAGGGAGGCCCCUGAACCCUUCAGCUACCACAACACCUUCCUCCUGGUGGAUCGCAAAGAGGCCUGGGUGCUGGAGACAGCCGGGAGGCUGUGGGUGGCGCAGAAAGUCUCAGAGGGCGUUAAGAACAUCUCCAACCAGCUCACCAUUGGCACCGAGAUCUCCACAGAGCACCCGGAGCUGCGGAGCGUGGCCAAGGCUCAGGGCUGGUGGGAUGGUGAAGGAGAGUUCAACUUCUCUCAGGUGUUUAGUCCCGAGAACCCACCAGCCAGGAUGGAGCUGGCCAAGCAGCGCUACAUCGGGGGCACGGAGCUACUCCAGCAACAUGAUGGCUCAGUGACGGCGGAGGCGAUGAUGUCCAUUCUGAGGGACAAACCCAGCGGCAUCUGCAUGGACUCUGGAGGUUUCUGCACCACCGGCAGCAUGGUGUCUAUCCUGCCCAGAGACACCACUCUGCCCUGCAUCCACUUCUUCACUGCCACCCCAGACCCAUCCAGGUCUGUAUUCAAGCCUUUUAUCUUCUCGGACUGUCCCACCCCAGUGCCGAGGGUGGUCUCGCCGCAGUUUGGCCCCGACGACCCUGCGAGGAAGCAGCCUCGCUUUCAGAGCCAGGUGGACCGCAGACAUGACCUGUACAAGGCCCAUCAGGUGGCGCUGAACACCAUGGAGACCAACCCGGAUGACGGCCUAGCUGUCUACAACAUUUUGAGGGAUUUGGAGUCUCAGUGUCUGAGCGAGAUCACAGCCAUGCUCAGCGGAGAGAUCCCAGGAGAGGAACUGGGGGACUUAUUUUUUGAUUGCGUGGACACUGAGAUUAAGUUCUACCAGUGAGGAGCGCCCUCAGGUGGACACCCUUUGUGCUCACAGAGUGGCAGGAGAAGGCCCUGGGACUGUUGCAGACUCCAGCGUUUCUCGUGUUGGCCUCACUUCCGCACCACAUCUCUGACCCCAUUCCAUCCUUAACACAGACUAAAUGUCUUAACAGCACAUGUGAUUGGAGCAUAUUUAUCAUCUAUGUCACCCAGGGAGCAAUGACUGCACCUCAUUAGUGAGAAAUAUGACUACACGUAGACUACACAGGCGCCUAUGUAGAGCUGUGUGAUGUUGCACAAAUACUGUGAGUAUGGCAUUUGUUUAACUUUUUGUUUGAUGUUGCAAAUGAAUGGGUUUUCAUUUGUUGACGGCUCCCAGUAGGGAACGCUCUAAUAAAGAAUGUGCGUAGCCUG